ACUAUUAAUAAUAUAUAUAUAUAUAGAAUGGAAUCAUUAAAGGAUAGAAUGUUUGGUGAGGAGGUCGAAGAGGAUGAUGAGUUGGGAAUGCUCAUCUGUCAGUGGCUUGAUGAACGUGGACAUGCUGAAGCAUUGAAGGCAUUGGAGCAUGACCUUGGCAAGAACUACACCAAUGACUGUGUAAAGUUGGGCAGUCAAUUGCAAUACAUAUACAAUGACUACAAAGACCUACAAGCAUCUGCCGCUCUAAGUUCAAUGUCACUCGAUGAUCAAGAACUCGACUCUGACUUGCUUGGAGAUAAUGUUUAUCCAAAGGAGUUGCAAGAGCAGUUCACAGACAUUCACAAGGCAAACAUAUUGUGCAUGAGAUUCUCUCCUGACCCUGAGACCAACAUGAUGGUCACUGGAUCAACUGACAAGACAAUCAAGGUCACUGACUUUAUAACCAAACAAGUACUCUACACCUUUACCGAUCUUGCACAUGCUGCAUUCAUUGCAUUGGACUUUUGUCCAACAGACCCACAUCUCUUAUUGGCAUCAAACAUUGAUGGAUCUACUGUAUUGUUGAGGAUUGAGAGCAGUGGCAUUGGACACUUGGUACAGACAUUCAAGGAUCAUCAAAAGUACGUUGUUAGAGUCAGAUGGAGUCCCGAUGGACGCAAGUUUGCCACAUGCUCCUACGACAAGACACUCAAGUACUACGCUCAAGCCGACGAUGGCACCUUUGUCCUAGUCAACUCUAUCGAGUUCCCAUACUCUCUAGAGUCAUUGGUAUUCACACCUGAUUCACAAAGGAUCAUCACUGCAUGCAGAGAGUCAAACUACUUGCAGUACAUUAAUACAGAGGAUAACUCGAUUGAGAAGUUCAAUAUGAAUGUCACUGGUGAUGACCAUGUCAGCUUCUCUGCGAUGGAGUUUGCCAUCACACCCAACAAGAAGUAUCUGCUCGUAUCGACUGACAGAAGCAGACUGAUCCUCUUCAAGCUUGGCACUGACAAACAGUUGAGGAACUUCUACGGUGCAACCAACGAUCACUACAGUACUACAAGGAAUGCCAUCGACUCCACUGGUCAUUACAUUUACUCAACAUCACAGGAUAACAUCAUUUAUGUUUGGGACAUUGCAACUCAGAAGAUGGUCUCCAAGUUGAAGCAUCACUUGUCAUCGGUUCGCGAUCUCAGUGUUCAUCCAUCGCUCAACCUGCUUGGAACAUGCUCAUUCGACAAGUCUGUAUGUCUGUGGAAG